GAAAAAGAUUCCCGCAAGCAUCGGUAUCCCUGCGAGAAAAGGAAUUCAAAACGGCGCAGGGUUUUUGCAGGCUUUGAGCGCUUCCUUCCCUCUGAAAAGUGGAUGACCAGAAGCGGAGACCACAGGGCUUUCCAGGUUGAGGCAGGCAUUCGUGAAGCUGAAGAAAAAUGGCAGGCACGAUUCUGGGGAACAACACAAACACGUUCAUUGGACCGGGAGGUUAUUUCAAGUUCUGGCCAAUCGUACCUCACCACCGACUGGACCCCUCGGUUCUCUCUUUUCUCACUUUCAGCUUCAAGUUCGCAUCUUACCUCGCCAUCUUCAGAGAACGAACACCCACUUCAAGCUUCUUCUGUCUUUCCCCGCGCGCAACUAACAUCUCGCUAAAUUCAUCCGCCAGUCGGACAUCGCGAACAUUUUUGUUCCUUUUCGACUGGCUGCAGUUUCGGCAGGUGAGAUUUAGCGCUCCAACCCGAGGCGAGGUGGGUUCGUGGGUAGUGGCCCACCGUCUUCGAGUAUCAGAAUCCAGCACCCCACCCGGUUAUCAGACGAACUCUGGAGGAUUUAUCAGAAAUUCUACUUGUAGCGAAAUAUUUCGGGUGUGCCUGGUCGUCAGUAAUGAGCCAUCGAAAACAAGCAAGCAGUGGGCUGCCGUCCUGCUCCACUUGGCACAAAGCAGCGGAAGCACGCAAAACGACGCCAUGAGCAGCCGGGCGUGGGGGUUCGUGAUUACACAAAACGUACGGAGUAUCGCUAUUCUCGCGGCAGCUAAUAGUUUCGGGGGCCGCUUAUCUCGGUUGCUGGGCCAGAAAACCAACGAUAUCAUGCAAGGCCACCGUUGGCGAAGCAGCAUGACGGAGCCCAGCGAAGCAGCAAAACUUGAUGACCUGCCCCAUGAGGUUGUCCAGGGGGGGACUUCAUUUGAUAAGCCUCUCCCGAUUGCUCUCUCACUCACCUCCAGCCGUUCCAAACACCAACGUUCACAAACCAAUGACCCCCAAAAUCGACCAAGUCCUUCGCGCUGUCGACUUUUGGUGGCAAGCUGCCGGUCAGCGGACCACCCCGCCGUUUGGCCCUUGACUUACUCAUGCAGAGGACACAGCCUCCACCAAAGGCUUCCACACGGGCUUCCAGCGACCUUCUGUACGGGCAGAUGAGGAGCGUUGCUUAUCGAUCGCCCGGUGAACGCAAGGGGCGAGAUCUGUAGCGGGGGUUGAGAUACGACGCCGAGAACUCCGGAGCCCACC